CUCGGUCCUGCCUUCUCUCGUCAAAAUCCCUCGAAAUCAAAUGAAGACCAAAUCUCAAAACCCUUUCCGAAAAUUUCCGUUAAUUUCCAAAAAAACAACUAAUGGGCAGAGCAGAGGUUUCAAUUAUACAUCAUCUAGCUUUUGUGCUGUUGGUUCUGUGGAUCUUGAACUACAUUGGACGCUCUCACCCUUUUGCCUUCUUCAUCGCUCUCCUGUACCUCUACGAGGUCAAUCAAAGUUAUUCAAAGAGAUUGUGGCGGAGACUGCAAUUUGAGGAAAGAAAAUCUGCCAACCAAAACAGGCUUCUAUUGGAUUCAGAAUCGGUGCGAUGGCUAAAUCAUGUAGUUGAAAGAGCUUGGCCUAUAUGCAUGGAACAAAUUGCAUCGAAAGAAUUCCUCCUGCCCAUCAUACCAUGGUUCUUGGAGAACUACAAGCCUUGGACUGCUAAGGAAGCAGCUGUUCGGCACCUUUAUUUGGGUAGGAACCCCCCAACAUUUACUGAGAUAAGGGUUCUUCAUGAACCAGAUGGUGAUGAUGACAUGAUUUUGGAGCUGGGCUUGAAUUUUAUUUCUGCCGAAGAUAUUGAUGCAGAACUUGUGGUCCAACUAAGGAAAAGAUUAGGAUUUGGAAUGCGGGCAAAAAUGCAUGUGACAGGCAUGCAUGUUGAAGGAAAGAUUUUGGUUGGACUGAAGUUUAUUGACCACUGGCCAUUUAUUGGACAUGUACGAGUAUGCUUUGUCGAGGCACCAUACUUCCAGAUGACAAUUAAACCUAUCUUCCAUCAUGGAGUUGAUGUUACUGAAGUUCCAGGAAUCGCAGGGUGGCUGGAUAAGUUACUGGCUAUUGUAUUUGAGGAGACAUUGGUUGAGCCAAAUAUGCUGGUUGUAGAUGUGGAAAAAUUUGCUUCAAGAAUGACAGAUUGGUUUACUAUUUAUGAGAAACAUCCUAUUGCAUUUGCAAAAGUGGAGGUAAUAGAAGCAGCUGACAUGAAAGCAGGGGAUAUAAGUGGUUUUGCUGAUCCGUAUGUUAAAGGUCAGCUAGGUCCUUAUAGAUUCAGAACCAAGAUUCAGAAGAAGACAUUGGCACCCAGAUGGCAAGAAGAGUUUAAGAUACCCAUCAGCUCUUGGGAAGCACCUAAUGAACUCAUUAUCCAAGUUUGUGAUAAAGAUCGCAUGUUUAAUGAUACACUUGGAGAGUGUCAUAUCAACAUUAAUAAGUUAAUUGGCGGACAGAGGCAUGACAAAUGGUUUACCUUGAGGAACAUCAGAACAGGAAGACUUCACUUGGCAAUUACUGUACUAGAAGAAAACGAGAAGGACUCAAACCGAGGAAAGAGCAGUGAUGAUGGAUCCUCCGAAGCAACUGAAGCAACAACAUCAAGAUCUCCAAGUUCAAAAAAGUUGAGCCCUAUAAAAGGCGGCUGUCGCCCUGAUGAGGAUUCAGAGUUCUCAAACAGUCCAGAAUCAUUUGUGUCUACAGGUAGUGAUGGCUCUAAUGACAAUGAAGGAGAUGUACAUGGAAACCAUAGAUUUCACAGAGUUAAUUUAAUUCAGAGGGGCCUGCGAAAGAUUAGCAACAAGUUGCAUAAAGAUAAGAAUGGGCAUGAUCCAUGGGAUUAGACAAUCAACUCGGAGCAACAUGAGAUUUUGAUUUAGAAAGCACUUAUCUCGUCCUUGUGUACUUCUACUUCCCCCCCUCUUUUCUUCAUGUAUAUUUUCUCUCUGUUUUUUUUUUUUUUGUUAGUUAAGAAAUUUCCUGGAUAUUUUGUUCCGGUUACUCAGAAAAGCAAAGGAUAUCAACGGCCAGGAAUUUGGAAGAAGUUGAGCCAUUUUGUUGAAUUUGUUUAGAGAAUGAAAAGGAAAGUUCUAGGCGGUACCUUGUUCCGAAGAGGCUAAGAAACAAUUAGAGGAGAGCCUUUGAGGUCCCAGGAUUUAUUUAUGUUCA